GAAGAAGACGGUAUGUACUGCUUCUCUCUCAUUCGUAGACUUCCUGAAAAGAGCUCACUUGGUCGUCUUUCAACUACAAUGCGCAAUCUCUUUCUUUUCUUCGCUUUGGCCUUCGUUAUUUUCUCCAGCAGUAACGCUCUCGCAGCAACCGAACAUGGAAUGCAGCUCGAGGUGCCGCAGUCGGAGCUGGACCAGGAUGUUCAGUGGAGCGUCGCCGAGAAACGCAUACUUCGGGCUAACAACGACGUGAACACUGAUGGGGAAGAGCGAGGAAUAACGGAGCUUGCUGCGAAGAUGAAAACGUGGACUCAAAGCUUAAAGACUUCGGUUGCUAGCUCAAAACCGAUUCAGACGGUGGCGCUGAAACAAAGGAUUGCAAAGGUAAAGCGAAUGAUCAAGAAGGGAGUUUCGGAUACUGUGUUGGUUGAAAACAAGGUCACUCCUGACGAAUUCUUCGUGGCGCUGAAGCUAAACCCGGAGUUGAAACAGUCGUAUGUAAGAAACAACCCUGCUCUGAAUAAGUACCGCGCUUAUAAGAGAUUUUACGAGUCCAAGAUCGUUGUUACGUAAAACUUGGAGCAGUCUCACUAUUUUGCAGUAGUGACUAGCCAGCUCGAUGUAAUUGACAACAUCGGCGCAAGUUAUAUUGUAUAUAUUCUUCCAAAUGCAUUUUCUUUUC